GUGUCCGCCAGAGCCCCGCCAGUGCCUCGCGAGUGUCCGCCAGUGCCCCGCCAGUGCCCGCCAGCGCCCGCCAGCGCCCAGCCAUGCUGCCCCGGGCGCUGCAGCUCUCCCUGUGCGCAGCAGCCCUACAGCUGGUGAGCAGUGAGAGGAACUUCGUUCUGGUGAAGGAGGAGCUGAGCUGGUCCGACGCCCAGCAGCACUGCCGGCUGCACCACACAGACCUCGCUGACCUGCAGCUAAGUGACAUGAUGGAGCUCUCCUUCCUCAUGACCAGCACCCCAGCUUGGAUUGGCCUCUUUUUUGACGCAAGCACUUCUGGCCUGAGAUGGUCCAGCGGCUCCUCCUUCACAGCCCUGGAGUGGGCCCUGAAGAUGCCCGAAUUCGGGGUGGGCAUCUGUGCCACGCUGUGCACUCGGCUGAAAUUACUCAACAUCGGGGCUGCCUUCUGCACAGCCCAGAAGCCCUUCCUCUGCUACUAUGACCCUGAUGUUGGGCACCUCAUCUCCACGAAGCCCUCUCUCAGCCUAACGACCUCUCCAAAGCUAGCUGUGGUCCAGAUCGGUGGUCAGACCUUCAUGAGAUUUGACCAAGUGAUGACAUGGUACUCGGCCCUGCUGUACUGCCGCAGCCACCACACAGACCUGGCCGACCUGCAGAUGGUGACGGACAAGACAGGCAAGGAGGCCUUGAGAUCCCUCAUGAGUGAGACUGAAGCCUGGAUUGGCCUCUACCUCAAUGCGAACUCUGGAUCUCUGAGCUGGUCCAGUGAGCUGGGGGCCAGCAUCCCCUCCUGGCUGCAGGUGCCGAUGAUGGUGAGAGGACUGUGCGCAGCUCUCGGCAUCUACGUGACCUACUCACUGCAGGUGUACACAGUGAACUGCUCUUCCCUGCUGCCCUUCAUCUGCUUCUAUGACCCCUCGGUUGGACACCGGGCUUCAGCAGAGUUGCCUCCACUCUUCCACGCUUCCUCUUCAGAAGUGACAGAGGAAACAACUCCCAGGCCAGGCAGAGCUGUGACCAGUGUAGGGAGUGGCACUGACAGAAGAGAUACAGCUGCUGCCACGGAGGCCCAACAUUUGAGUUCAGAAUCUAAAGACAAAACAUCAACACCAAAAUCAGGGCACCCUUUUGGAAUCCUGAAAGCAGAUUUUACCAUCUCAGCUCUGAUGGACCCAGAAGAAAUGAAAGACCAAUUUUUGAGACAGAUCCAGGAAGUCUUAAAGCUUACAUUAGGUCACGAACAAUUCAGACUGAAAUGGGUCAGCUUCGAAGUGAACAAAAAGUAGCACAAUUCUACGGAUACGCAGUUUCCCUUUCAUUCAAUCUUCUCUGGAUUUUGAGUAAAUUAUAAUUUUUUAAUCCCUAGUAGAACAAGAUUAGGAAGAACUCAAGAUGUGCCAAAAAGCAUAGACCUACAACUAAUGCAAAAUAAGACUACACAUGAAACCUGCAUCCCUGGAUUUUACAGAAUGAAACAGGGAUACAGGAGAAGACGGGUGUAUUUGGGAACAAUAAACUUGGGAAUGACAAAUGAACUUCUAUUAAGAAUUUAAAAUAAAAAACCUGAACUAAACAACAAAAAUCCUGAAAACAACCCCAUUAAUCUAACUGAAGAAGUAUGGAGGAUAGUAGUGGUCUAGGAAGCUAAGUGGGGCUACACUUCCUAAUAACCAGAGGAAACUUUACCUGCCACAAGUUACUAAAGAGAUUUCAAAUUCUGCAGAAUUUGAAAGUAACAGCUUUAUCACAAUACAUGUUAAUACUAUUUAUUUGUCCUAAAUUGAAAUCUUAUUACAUGGAACUUGGGAAAUGCUAAGACAGACUGUUCUUAAUGUUAAAAUAUAUCUUCAGAAUAAUAUUCUGUUAUAUGUUUCAUUUCUCAUUUCUUUCCAAGUGUCCUUGUCACCCAAGUGCAUGCUAGAAGACAGCAAUAUGUCAAAUAUAGUAGCAACUUUAGUCUGAAAUGUUUAAAGUUAAAGUUUAUUUGUAGUCUUUGUAGGAAUAGCAAUAAAAGACCUCAAACGUAUCUAUAUCUGUACAUGUACAAGAACCAUCAAAAAUUAUUCACAGAACAAAAAUAAAUCUUCUUUAGAACAAACCCAGGUAAUGAAAUGCAGAUAUGGAUCUCACAUAUGGAACAAUCUAAAUGCUACUAGCACAAAAAUAUGGCUUUAAAAAUAAAAUAAAAUCUUGGGUUUUGUUUUUCUAAGGUGUAUUUCUCUCUCUUGAAAUAAAAAAUAAAUUAUUUAGAGCUAUCCUUGUAAAAUAGUAGUGUGUUAACACACUCUUAUUAAGGCCCUGGAGAUGAAAAACAAAAUCAAAUUUAGAAGGUAAAUUCCUCACAGGUGUAACUCAGGUUAAUGUGCUGCUGUCUGCUUAAGUUAAUAUAACUAGGAAAGGUCUAAGCACCAGUCAAAAUUUAACCUAAUUUACUAUUUAGCUUUUCUGAAGGUGGUCAUUGAGUCAAUUAGUAUUUAACCUUUUGUUGAACUGGGAAUUGAAAUGUUUCCCUGGAAAGUUUGGAAAUCAUGUAAGAUGUAUUUAUACAUAAAUAUCUGUACCCCCACAUAGAUGAUGGAGGUCCCUAAAACACAACUUCUGUGGAAAUCUCUCUAUAACAACAAAUAAAUCUGGUUUUAAGUCCCAAACUAAAACAAAACAAAACAAGAAACAAA